AGUUGAAUGCCUGCUCUAAGGCUCAACGUUGGCUAGAGCUAUGUGGCGAUUGGGGAGGGGUGGCACUACAAGAGCACGAUUGUUUCCCCUCUUCUACUGUGGAGUUUAGGACUGAGAGAGGACGACGUAGCACACUAGCUAGUCAGUAGGAGUAGCUGAUUCAACCCUGAACUGCGCAUGAGGAGGGACAUAGGAGGUGUCUGGAAUCUAAACAUAACUAACCCAUGUACACAAAGGGGCAGCAGCAGUAGUAGGUUGGAUGCGGGUUGUGUGUGCGGUGCUGUGCCUUGGCCUUGUCGGGGCGCUGCAGCGGGAGCAGGUAGCUCAGCAUGCCAUCAAGCUGCAUCGGGGUAGGAGUGCUGUGGCCAAGCACGCUUGGAGCUGGGUGUCUGAUAACUGCCGGCGCCUGGGCAGCCUCAUCCGACAGAAGAACACGGCCAUUAAGAAGCUAGCUGUGGCUGCAGCCGCUGUGGGGCGAGACCACUCCCUCUCAGACCCAGAGAGACUCUUCCAGGUUCACACUCUGGAGGUGUUUCAGAAGGAGCUGAAUGAGAGCGAACGCUCAGUCUUCCAGGCGGUGGUGGGCCUGCAGAGGGCGCUGCAGGGAGACUACAGGGAUGUGGUCAACAUGAAGGAGAGCAGCCGUCAGAGACUGGAGGCCCUCAGAGAAGCAGCCAUUAAGGAAGAGCAGGAGUAUGUAGAGCUGGUAGCAGCAGAGAAGCACCAGGUGGAGGCUGUGAAGAGUGCCCUGGCCCAGAACAAGACCCUGUCCAUGCUGGAUGAGAUCCUCGAGGACGUCAGGAGAGCUGCUGACCGCCUGGAGGAGGAGAUAGAGGACCACGCCUUCGACAACAAUAAGCAGAUGAAUGGAGUGCAUGUAGCCAACGUGGAGGCGGUGCUGAGAGUGGAGGAGGAGGAGGAAGACGGAGGGAAAAGAAGAAGGAACGCGUCAAGGAGAGGUGGAGAGGUGGAGGACGACGUGGGGCUGAGCAUGCUCAUCGACUCCCAGAACAACCAGUAUGUUCUGACCAAGCCCAGAGACUCCACCAUGCCCCGCUCCGAUCAACACUUCAUCAAGGACCUGGUCUCCGUAGUGAUGCUGUCUCUGCCAUGUGGUUGGCUGUGCACUAUGAUGGGCCUGCCCCCCAUGUUUGGUUACAUCGUCUGUGGAGUCCUCCUGGGUCCCUCUGGACUCAACAGCAUCAAGUCUAUGGUGCAGGUAGAGACGCUGGGAGAGUUGGGAGUGUUCUUCACUCUCUUCGUGGUCGGUCUCGAGUUCUCCCCAGAGCGACUUCAGAAGGUGUGGAAGAUCUCUGUGCAGGGUUCAUGCUACCUCAGUCUGUUGAUGGUGGCUACAGGGCUGCUGUGGGGUCAGGUGCUGCAUAUCCGUCCCACCCAGACCGUCUUCAUCUCCUCCUGUCUCUCUCUAUCCUCCACGCCGCUGGUCUCACGCUUCCUGGCUGGGGGCGCCCGCGCAGACAAGGACGGGGAGCUGGACUACAGCAGUGUUCUCCUGGGGAUGUUGGUAAUGCAGGAUGUUCAGCUGGGUCUGUUCAUAGCCGUCAUGCCCACCCUCAUACAGGCGUCAUCUGGCCACCUGGACAGUGUCCUGUUUGGAGGUCUGCACGUCCUCCUGCUCCUGUCCCAGGUCCUGUUCUCUCUGGCUAUGGUACUACUGCUGUGUGUUCUCCUCAAAUCCUUCCUGAUUGGCCCAUACUACAGGAAGCUCCAUGCUGAGUCUAAAGGCAACAAGGAGAUCCUGGUUCUGGGGACCGCUGCCUUCGUAUUCCUCAUGCUCACCGUGACAGAGUUCCUGGGCAUUUCCAUGGAGCUGGGCUGCUUCCUGGCUGGAGCGCUUCUCUCCUCGCAGGGUCACAUUUGCACCACGGAGGUCAUGGGCUGCAUCGAGCCAAUCAGAGACUUCCUCGCCAUCAUCUUCUUCGCCUCCAUUGGUUUCCAUGUCUUUCCUACCUUUGUCCUGUACGAACUGACAGUCCUGGUGGUGCUGACUCUCUCACUGGUCAUCAUGAAGUUCCUGAUGGCGGUGCUGGUGCUGUCGGCCAUCUUGCCUAAAGGUUCUCGCCACAUCCGUUGGAUAGUGUCUGCUGGCCUGGCGCAGGUCAGCGAGUUCUCCUUCGUCUUGGGGAGCCGCGCCCGCCGAGCUGGCAUCAUCUCCAGAGAGGUGUACCUGCUGGUUCUCAGUGUCACCACUCUGAGUCUUCUGCUGGCUCCGGUGUUGUGGAGAGCCGCCACACACAAGUGGGUCCCUCGAGCCGAACGCAAGACGCUCGCCCGCCCGCCCCCGCUGCUGCCACACCCAGCAGACUGAAGCCCAAAAGGGCAGAGGGGUCAAAGGUCAUUCUCCCUCUUUCCAUGGAGAAAAUCCUAAUGACCCCUUAUCUUUGGGUCAUUGGUUGCAUCCAAAAUGGCACCCUGUUCCCUACAUAGAGCACUACUUUAGAUCAGGGCUCUAUGUAGGGAAUAGGGCUCUGGUCUAAAGUAGUGCAGUACUUUAGAUCAUGGCUCUAUGUAGGGAAUAGGGCUCUGGUCUAAAGUAGUGCACUAUAUAUAUAACGAAUAGGGUGCCAUUUGAGAUGCGAUCAUUGUAGAAUGGUUUACAUGUCCUCGUUGUUGUCUUGACUGUCAUUCCUCCACUCACGUCCUACAGUAGUUAUGGAGGAAUCCCUGAUGAGACCCUUUUGGUUUGUGACGUCACAAUGAUGGUGAUGACAUAUUCCCUUCAAGGGAAUAUUAUUAGUCUGGGGUUGCAUAUGGAUCAGUUUCAUCCAGACCAAACCUGGGAGAAAGACAUAGGCCAAGGUUUUAACCGUUCAACUUCCCAUUUAGUACGUUUGAAUGUCUUGCUGAUACUGUAAAGUCUCAGUGUUCUAACCAAACACGGACACAUAGAGACUGUAUGUGUGGGUUGUUUACGUCAGGGCUUUACAUGUAUGUACGCGUUAUUGCACUCCUAUGGCAUCUAAUGCUGGAAAAGGUUUAUUUUUCUGAUGUUUCAGUGACUGUUUCCUAUGAUGAUGGCUCGAUAAUUUUAUUCUGUUUGUACGGUGUACUGUACUGUGGCCCGACUGGAAGAAAAGAUUACAACUAGAAGACUUCCUGCUAAUACAUCAUGCAAGGGAGAAAUAAAGAUAUAGCAUUGUAUUUAUUAGGCCAGUUAUAGUUAGAUUAUGUAUAAAUGUUACAAUGGAAAUAAUGGGGUCAUUCCAAGCACAAUAAAUUCCCAUUUUUACAUUA